AUGAACCUCGGAGGCCAGCCCGUUCCCAGUACCCCAAUUCAAGCUCGUCAAGCCAAUGGAGGAACCACCCUCGGUCCAGGCGUUACAGGUGGCGGUGCGAUGCGCCACACCCCAACACAAUGUCAGUCAACGUUACCAAGAACCCCGGCUGCCAACAGAAACCAAAGACUAAUCAUUCUCAUGCAGACCGAUACAAUCCUCAUACCAAUUCCAAUCGCCACCCCACCGGGCGAGUGGAGGACCCCAGCGCACAAGUGCUAG